CACUCCACCUUCCCUUCCCUCUCCUCUCUUCUGCUUUUCCCUUUACCUUUGCUAGUAAGUCUCCUUUACUUCGUCUUCACCCAAUCCGCAUUUCACCAAUGGCAGCAGCAGCAGCAGCACCGCCACCGCCCAAUUUCCCUCCCUUCACACCUCCACCAAGUAAGUCCGAUUCAAACGCCCUCUUCAAAUCCCUCAUUAUCGUCUUUCUCCUUCUCGCCAUUCCGCUAUUUCCUUCCCAAGCCCCCGCCUUCAUCCCUCCAACCGUCUUCGCCGGUUUCUGGGAGAUCAUCCACCUCCUCUUCAUCGGAAUCGCCGUCUCCUACGGCCUCUUCGCCAGACGAGCUUCUCAAUUCGUCCCCGAUAAAUCUGCAACCGACUCCUAUUUAUCUGGGAUUUCUCACAUUUCUUCAAUUUUCGACCAUGGGUAUGAAAAUGAAAAUGAUAUGUUGCUUGAUAAUUAUGCUAAUUGUGGUGAUUAUCAGUUUUUAGGAAAUGAUGAUUGUGUAGUAGUGCCUAGUGGUGUAAAGAUUGGAUCUUUAUUGCGGGAUGGUGAGGAUGAGGGGGGUGGGGAUCGAGCGUGGCACUCGCACUAUACGAAAGGUGAAUCUUUGGUAGUUGUCUCUAAUGCUAAGUGUUUUGUUGGUGGAAGCUCUGAUUUUAAGCCAUUGAAUUUGCCCAUUAGGAGUUUGAGGUCAAGAGCUAUGGAUAGUACUGAUAGUGAUGAGAAAGAAUUCAAGAAUGGGAAUGAGUUUAGUUGUAACAAAUAUGAGGCUAAGGGAAACGAUGAUAGUAAUGAUGAUGAUGAUGCUAGGGCUGUUGUUAAGAUUAGGGGUGUGGUUCCUGUGAAUUUGGACAAGAGGUUUGAGGAGGUUGCUGGGCGAUCAACGAGCCCAAUUUGGUGCUCGAGAUCAGGGAGGGUGGAAGAUGAGGAGGAUGUUUCCAAGCUACCUGCACAUAAUAGGCCUCAUUCUGUUGGGGAAUUUGAGUUUGAGCAUCUCAAGUCUAGGAGGCCACUUCGUGGUUGUAAGUUUUCGAGUACUCCUGAAUUGAGAAGCUCGAAAGUUGAAAAUUUGGAGAGGGAAAGGGUGUUUGCUGCCGCACAUUCGAAAGCAGACUCCAUAGAUUCUGAUCCCUUUAGCAAUAGUGCUUCCUCGGACAUGGACAGUGUUGGGGAUUUGGAAAACAGCCUUGAAAGCUCUAGUGUUGAAGAGGAAGUGAGGAAAGGUAAACAAGCUAUUGAGUCUUUGGAAAGUGAUGUGAAGUCCUCACCCCUUUCUAAGGUUCCAGCAAGAGCUAAGUCGGUUAGGACAAUCAAACCAAAGAGAUAUGAGCAUUGCCCUAAUCGAGGUGAAGGCAGGGUUGGGAGGAGGUUCAUCAAAUCGCAAGCAGUGGAUUCUUUGGUUAAAGGAAGAGAGGAACCGGAAAUUCUCCCUGACCGUCAAAACCAAGAAUAUGGUCGUAUAUUCUCUAUGCCGAAGCCAAAACCAACUCUUCCUGAGGUCCAGAGUGAAGAGAAACAUGAUGUUGAUGACCUUAGCUCUACUAAGUCUGUAGAUGGAGAGAUAGGGUUUGACAAGACUUCGGCCAAGGAUGAAACUCGACCUAGCAUUGACACUGAUGGCGAACUUGGGAGUGAAGUUGAUAGAAAGGCUGAUGAGUUUAUAGCCAAGUUCAGAGAGCAAAUAAGGCGCCAGAAGGCUUCGACUUCAUCUGUGGAAGGUCAUAGUGGCUGGUAGCAAGUAGUUUAGGUGAUUUGAAGGGUUGUGCUGCUGUCCUUGCAGCUGUAAGUUUGUGUGAUUAGUAGCUUGAAGCUGAGAUUGUAUCAGCCCAGCAUUGUAUUUUUUAAUUCGUUCGCUAUGUAUAGUAUGUAUCCGACUGAAUUUUAAUUUAUAUGAUCAAUCAUAGCACCAUACCACGGA